CUGCGGCCGUUGAAGUGUUUGCUCGUGCCUCGUUCGCCCGUUCGCUCGUUCGCUUCGUUUCGUUUCUCGUGUUCUCACUACGUAGUCGUUACGUCGCGUUUUUGCGUGCGUGUUUGCCACAGUAAUAACAGCUACAGCAACAGCAACAACAACAAUAACACAAUCGACAUCGACAAUUCCUCAUCACAUCAACAAUAAACAGCGGCAAUCGACAACAAGCCAAAGAACAAAAAUCGCGUCGGCAAAAGCGCGUAAAGCCCAAUAAAAGUUUAACGUUAUCCAGUGCAGAGGCUAAACAAAAUAAACAACAAGAAAACAUAAACAAAACAAAUGUGUGCAAAAUCUCAGCUAGUGUUGCAAAACGCGUGCAAAAACAUGUGCUGAAAAGCGUCGCGCGCUUAACAAAUCGCAGCUGAUCAACACUCUUCAUACAAGAAAGAGAGAAAGUUAGAAAGAAGAAGAAACAGGAAGGAAGAAAGGAGAAGAGAUCAGAGACAUAGUUUCUCUGUAGAAUUUUGCGCGCCCACGUACUACCCAAAAAACAUUCAAAAUUAUACUCGAAAUGGAUAUGACCUCAACAGCGGAGGCUGCCGCUCGCAGCUGGUACGACAGUCCGCGCUUAGGCGGCGGCGGUGGCGGCGGCGGAUCACCGCAGACAAACGGUCUGGGCAGUGCCGGCAGUAGCCUGGCCCACAGCCAUCACAGCCUGUCCAGCGGCGCCUCAUCGGCGGGCAGCAGCGUUGGUGCCGCCCUUGGUGGCGGUACUGGCGGCGCUGGCGCCGGCCUCGGUCUGGAUACCAGCGAUAUGAGCGCCUUCUAUGCGCUGGAAAGCAAUGGACAUCAUCGACGCUACUAUCCCAGCUAUCAUCAGCACACAUCCCGCAUGCCCUCCUCACAUGCCACGCCCCAAGUGUGCCGGCCGCACUUUCAUACGCCGCUCAGUCCUUGGCUGACCAGCGAGCACAAAUCGUUUGCACCCGCCAGUGCCUGGGGCAUGGGUCAAUUCGCUUGCCCCCAGGAGCCGCAGGUGGAGCAUAAGCUGGGCCAAGUGGGCCAAAGCCAUCAGACGACGUCGUCCGGCCAGCAUUCGUUUCCAUUCCCACCGACACCGCCAAAGGACUCCACACCCGACUCAGUACAAACCGGUCCAUCCGAGUACCAGGCCGUGAUGAACGCGUUUAUGCACCAACAGGCCACGGGCUCUACCUCAUUGACGGACGCCAGCUGUGCGCUGGACAUCAAGCCGUCCAUACAGAAUGGAGGCGCAUCCUCGGCGCAUGCCGGCAGCGCUGGACCAGCGCAAUCAUCAGCGCCCAAGCAGCGUGAAGGUAGUACUAACAACAACACCAACAACAAUACAAAUAGCUCAAAUAGCAGCAGCAGCAGCGGCGGCGCCGGCAGCAACCAAGCGCCGCAGCAGCAGCAACAACAACAGCAGCAGCAGCAGCAGAAUAGCAGCAGCAACAGCAAUAAUAACAAUAACAACAACAACAACAACAGCAAUGCCUCCUCAUCCGCCUCCACAUCCAACGGCCUGUUCGAUGGUACCGCUCAGGCGCAUUAUGCGGCCAACAAUGCCAACAGCUACGACAGCAGCUACGCGUCCUAUCAUCAUGCGGCGGCGCAACAUCAGGCGGCUGUUGCCGCCGCCAACAUGUUCCAAAGUUCCUCCGUGGCAGCGGCCGCCGUGCGGCAUAGCAUGGGAGCGGCAGCGGCAGCAGCGGCGCAUCAUCAUCAUCAUCACAGUCACAGCCACAGUCACAGUCAUCACCAUGGUGCGACCGCUGCAGUCGGUGCCAGCUCUGGCUCCGCUGCGGGACUGCAUGGCGGUGGCAGUGGCGUUGGUGCUGGUGGUGGUGUUGUUGGUGGCAUGAGCGGCAUGGGCAGUGGCAUAAGCAGCGGCGCCCACAGCAGCUCAAGUGGCGCUGGAGGCGGCGGUGGUGGUGGCAUUGGCGUUGGCGUUGGCGGUCUCGAUGUCAAGCCCGUGCGCACAAAACCCAGGACCAGUGCUGAGGGUCGAGAAUGCGUAAACUGUGGUGCCACAUCAACACCACUGUGGCGACGCGAUGGAACUGGACAUUAUUUGUGCAACGCCUGUGGCCUUUACUACAAAAUGAAUGGACAGAAUCGACCACUGAUCAAGCCAAAGCGAAGACUGACGCUACAGUCGCUGCAGAGCGCGGCCAAGCGGGCGGGCACAUCCUGCGCCAAUUGCAAGACCACAACCACAACCCUUUGGCGGCGCAACGCUAGCGGUGAGCCCGUGUGCAAUGCCUGCGGAUUAUACUACAAGCUGCAUAAUGUCAAUCGUCCACUUACCAUGAAAAAGGAGGGCAUACAAACGCGUAACCGCAAGCUCAGCUCCAAGUCGAAGAAGAAAAAGGGCUUGGGCGGCGGUUGUCUGCCAAUUGGUGGCCAUUUGGGCAUGGGCGACUUCAAGCCGCUCGAUCCGUCCAAGGGCUUUGGCGGCGGCUUCUCGGCAUCCAUGGCGCAACAUGGACACCUUUCCAGUGGUCUGCAUCCGGCACAUGCGCAUAUGCAUGGCAGCUGGUAUACUGGUGGCAUGGGCGCAUUGGGCGCCUCCGGUGGACUGCAGGGUGGCUUCUCCACUGCCGGCUCUCUGGGCGGUGGUGUUGUGCCCCACUCACAGCCCUAUCACUUGGGCCUUAGCUCAAUGGGCACUUGGCGUACGGACUACACGUGAUGGAGCGGGAACAACUUGAACAACAACUUGUUCAGCUAGAGAAGCGCCGAUUAAUAUACCAUAUAUUAUAUAUCUGACUUGAUCUGACUUGAUUUCCAAACACAAUGCCAAACUGAGGACUCCCUUCGCAGCCAUCAACCAUGGGCCACAAUCGGCAGUCAGCUAAGACGACAGCUGAGACGCUUCCAACUGAGGACAAACACAAAGACAAGGACACGGACACGGAGACAACUGAUCUGCCUUGUUGAGUGUCUUCAGGGGGCGACGGCGAUUGCGGGCGUGGUUCAAGUGCUGGCUAUUCCUAAUUGUAAACAUUGCGUGCAAUUUUUAAUUAUUUAAGUUUUCGUCGUUGGCCAGCAGCUAAAACAAAAGCCCAUUAAAAUUAAUUAAAGGGCCGCACAUAU